AUGGAAUUGGCAUCACAAGCAUUAAAUAUUGUACGUGAUACAACAGAAAAUUUAACAUACAAAAUAACUGGACUUUUUCAACGUACAACUCAUGAUCCCCAAUCAGAUUAUGCUGAAUUAGUAGAAGAUGAACAUGGAAAUCAACAACGACGUAUUAAAACAAUACCAGCAACAUCAGCAAAUUAUGGUUCAUAUAAUUAUUCACGUUUUCCUCUUGUUAAUAGAAUACGAAAUAUGCCUGUACGAUAUCAAACAGCAUUUCUUAGUUCAUUAGGUUUUCUUAUAUCCUUUGGUAUUCGAUGUAAUAUGGGUGUUAGUGUUGUGGCAAUGACACAUAAUGAAACAGAAAAAUUACCAAAUGGAACAGUUAAAUUAAUAAAACUUGCGGAAUUUGAUUGGACACCUGGUAUAAUUGGUAUUGUUGAUAGUUCUUUCUUUUGGGGUUAUCUUAUUACUCAAGUACCUGGAGGAUAUUUAGCAGCAAAAUUUCCAGCUAAUCAUGUAUUUGGUAUUGCACUUGGUAUAUCAUCAGUUCUUAAUCUUUUUAUUCCAUUUGCUGCAAAAUUUCAUUAUGGAUUUGUAAUGAUUGUUCGAAUUUUACAAGGACUUGUUGAAGGUGUUACUUAUCCUGCAGCACAUGGUAUUUGGCGUUGGUGGGCACCACCUUUAGAAAGAAGUACAUUAGCAACAAUAUCAUUUACUGGUUCAUAUGCUGGUGCCGUUCUGGGAAUUCCUUUAUCGGGAAUUCUAACUGAAUAUUUGAAUUGGCAAGUUGCAUUUUAUUUUUAUGGUGUAAUUGGCAUUAUAUGGUCUAUCGGUUGGUGGUAUAUAUCAUAUGAGAGACCUGCAAUUCAUCCGAAGAUUAGCGAAGAAGAACGUAUUUAUAUUGAAGAAAGUAUUGGCGAAGCAAGUUCAGUUGCUAAUAAAUCUUGGAUAAAACCACCAUGGCGUUCAUUUUUUACAUCGAUGCCUGUAUGGGCAAUAAUUGUAGCUAAUUUUUGUCGUUCAUGGUCAUUUUAUUUGUUAAUUAAUUCUCAAGCUGAAUAUUUUCGCGAAGCUCUUGAUUAUAAUGUUGGAAAGGAUCCAUUUUUAGCAGCAAUGCCACAUUUAGUAAUGUCAUGUAUUGUACCAUUUGCUGGUAAAUUAGCAGAUCAUUUACGAACAAAUUAUUUAUCAACAACGGCUGUUCGAAAAAUAAUGAAUUGUGGUGGUUUUGGUAUGGAAGCUGUUUUUCUUCUUCUUGUUGCUUAUGCAAAAAAUCCUCGAUUAGCUAUUGGAGCAUUGACUGUUGCUGUUGGUUUUAGUGGAUUUGCUAUUUCAGGAUUUAAUGUAAAUCAUCUUGAUAUAGCACCACGUUAUGCAAGUAUUCUUAUGGGAAUUUCAAAUGGUGUUGGAACAUUAGCUGGUAUGUUAUGUCCUGUUGCUGUCGAAUUUUUAACUAAAAAAGGAGAACGAAGUGAAUGGGCACAUGUAUUUCUGAUAGCUUCAUUGGUACAUUUUGGUGGUGUUAUUUUUUAUGGAAUGUUUGCAUCAGGUGAAAAACAACCAUGGGCUGAACCAGAACCCGAAAAUGAUAAUGCAUCACCAUGGGGACCUAAUGAAACAUAUAAACCUGGUGGUGGUGGAGAUCAAUUUGCAUCCUAUGGAUCAACAAUAACAGAUGGUACCGGUGGUUAUCAAGUCGCUGAUUCAUAUCCUAAUGGAAAUUCUACAAAUUUCUCUAAUAGAAACAAUGAACAAACAAGUUCAAUUCCUCUUACAAUUGAAAAUCCUAUGUAUCGUAAUUAUCGUUAG